AUGCCUACACCACUUCCAUCGAGUUUCGCUUCUGCCGCCGCCGGCAACACCCAGGAUCCUAAUCGGAGAGGGGAUGGGACUAGCGGAGAAUGGUCUCGAAACCGCAUGAAUGGAGCUACGCAGACCUUCCGCCGCCCUUCUGUCGCUACCAACCCUUCCCACCAGCGGGACAGUAGCCAGCCUGCAUCUGCCUCGACACCAACGGCCGGCGGAGCGUACAUCCCCCCACACAUGAGCUCAAACACUAGCAUUGCACGGAAUGGGGACUCUCGGUAUUCCAAGGAUCAGCUUCUAGAGCUGUAUAAAUCGCAGCGGGAGCUGGGAUCCUUGAACAAGAACGUGGAGGAAUACUUUGUGGCCGACUGGGAUCCCCACACACUGUCAGCUUCUGUAAAUGGCGCGUGGGGGAAGCGGGAUGACCACAAACCCAACUCCGCGGGGCCUGAAGUGUGCUGGGAUCAUGGUGGCCAGGUGGAGCCUCUUGGACUUGCUGCUAUGUCGGAUAGUGAGAAGGAGCUAUUUGCCGCCUCGGUCAAUUCCCCUCUGAAGCCCCCACCUACGAACGCCCAGAAGGAAAACGUUGUCCCCGGGACUGGUCGCAAGGGUUCUGUUUCCUAUCCCCAGGGCCAUAUCAAUAACUACAAUACCGCCUCUCCUACUGCUGGCCGCCCGGGCCCUCGACGCCGGGAGACUGGCGAGUCGAUUGGAAAUCCAAUGUCUCCUACCGGUUCCAACUCCCGUUUCUUCCGCGACGAAGCCAACACUUCCACCCCUCCCCCGGCUCUGUUGCGUCGCAAGACCGAUUUCCGAGAACCCACAGCGACCGAGAAGCCGAAGGAUGCUCGGGACGACCCAUCUUCUCCCUUUAGCACCCUGAAGCGUAGCUCGACCAAUCCCCUGAAUACGGGCGUCAGUGGGCCGAGCUCUCCUUGGGGUUCGGCCUCACAAAGCGCCAAUUUCUCCCCUAUGGGAGCCUUUGGGGCUUUCUCGCUUGGCUCGAACGCAACUACCCCCACGACCGAAAAGAAACCAGGAUACGGAAGUCUCCGCGGGGAAAGUCGGUUCAAGGGUUUGCUCUCGAAGGAUAGCUCUGAGGAUAUGGCUGGUUCCGCCAGGGAAAAGCAUAUGGGCAAUCUCGAACGUCUUGCUGAAAAUGACAGUGACGGGCGCUCCCAGUCACCCUGGGGAGAUGCUGUCAAGACGCGUGUCAACCGCAGCGAGACUAAUCCAUUCGACGAGCCUCGCAGUGGAAGCGCUGCUCUUGGUGGAUCGCAGGAUGUCGAAGGUCCUUCUCAGUCUGAUCUCGGUUUCGGGGCGUUCGGCAUGACGUCCAGCAUCCCAGGAUUCCGAGAGUUGAUGCAAAGCCAGGAGAAUUCGCGCAACCCCACCCCCAGCUUGCUCCAAGGCCACGAACCAACUAGCCCGACCAACACUAAUCCUUACCAGAGCCCGCACGGUGAUCGCCACGGUGAUCGUGUGGACACCGAGGAUGUCGAUACUGAUGGAUCGGAUAUCCAGCAGGCUCAGCAUCCUGGACUGAGCGGCCUUCGCGACCCCUCCAACCCCUUCGGGUCAAUGAGACGUGUGGGUUCCGGAAUGGACUUGCCCACUGUGGACCGUAGCGAAAACUCCAGCGUCAAUGCCAACCGCACUUUCUCUGGCCUUGGGGGUCUCGGUGGACUGUCUGGGCUGGGUGGAGCUUCGACCUGGUCGUCUGGUGCUGCUGUUGGUACACCGACUCGUGAGCGUUCUGCCUUUGCAGGCGGCUUCGGCGAUCCUAUCUUUGGUUCCAUGGGCGAUCUUCAGUCUCCAAGCUUGAGCACUCUCGGCGGAGGCGGUCUGUUUAGCCCGCAUGCUGGAAUUUCCGGCACUGGAAGCAUUGGCCGGUCCAGCAAAUUGGGUGCUUUGUUCUCGUCUAUGCAAGAUGAGAGUCUUCCGGACUCUGUUGGUUUGGAAGGAUCGAUCGACCAGGGUGAAAAGGCGGGGCAGGCAACUGGCUCGACACCUGCCUCCCAAACCCCCGUCUCAGCUGUUGGCUCAAUCCCUAAUUUGGCCGGUCACGAUUCCACUUCUGGAACUAUUCCUGCUUCACAGCAACGUACCAUGGUCAUGCCUGACCGAAUGCGCUGGAUCUACCGUGAUCCCCAGGGUAAUAUCCAGGGUCCUUGGACUGGACUUGAGAUGCAUGAUUGGUUCAAGGCUGGAUUCUUCAGCCCUGAUCUCCAAAUCAAGAAGCUUGAGGACACGGAGUUCGAGCCUCUGGCCCAACUUGUCCGUCGUAUUGGGAACUCACGUGAACCAUUCCUCGUCCCCCAGAUCGGCCUUCCUCAUGGCCCUGAGCCCACUGUCGCCCAAUGGACUAACACCACCGCUGGCUCUGCACAGCCUCCCUUCCCCGGCAGUUUCCCCAGCUUCGGCACUACCUUGACCGCCGAACAGCAGAAUGCUCUUGAGCGCCGCAAACAGGAGGAGCAGUACCUGAUGGCUCGUCAGAAGGAACACCUCGCCCAGCAGCAGGCCAUCAUGAAGCAGAUGGCACCCCCUGGCGCCCCCUCUUCCUCUAUGCAACCCCCACUGCAGCACCAGUCUAGCGCACACAGCCUGCACAGCCAGCCAAGCUUCGGCAGCAUCACCUCUCCCGUCGGCUACCAGCCAUCCCCCAUCCAGGCUCCCAUGCAGCAGUCCUCCCAGGGCGUUCCUGGAUUCUUCGAUGGUACACCCAUCCGACAGGGUGGUUUGCCCGGAUCUGGAAUGCUCGGUACCGACCUUGUCGGCGGCCAGGACCAGCUCCCUGCUCUGCUCGAUCGCCUGAACGUCGGCCGUCAGGACCCAUUCGCUUUCGGCAGUGCUGGCUCCUUCCGCCAGCCCGACAACUUCCUCCACUCUCAGCAGGUUUCUUCUAUGCUCCAAGACCGCGCUCAGCUUCAACAAGAGCAGGAGGAUUUCGACAAGGCCAAUGAGGAUGAUCCCUUCGACCAACAAGCUCGCGAGGAGAGACUCCGUCAGUUCCAUGCCCUGCGCGCCCAGGAAGGCGAGUUGGGUAUGCGCACUGCCGAUGGCUUGCCUACUCACCCUGCCGCUACUUCUCAGCAGCUCGAGUCUGAUCUUGGCGCCGACAUGGAGGAGGCCGCCAAGCAGUUGUCUGACUCUGUGACUGGUGCCGAGCCUCUCACUCUCUCCCAGCAGGUCCAGAAGGCUGCUUCCGCCCAGCGCCAGCAGCAGGAACAAGAGCAGAGCCACGCCCCUACUGAGUCGGUCUGGGGCAAGGUUGACAGUGCUAUGCCCCAGCCCUUCCCUCCCCCACCCUCCGCCUCUCCGCUUCCCGCCCCUACUGCCCAGCGCAACCGUCAGAACGUUGCUGAGUCUCUGGCUACUGGCUCUCGUUCGCAGACGCAGACUCCUGUCGACGCUGCUCCUACCUCCGUCGCACCAUGGGCUAAGGAAGCCAAUGACCUGCCUAAGGGCCCUUCGCUGAAGGAAAUCCAGGAAGCCGAGGCCCGCACUGCCGCCCAGCGUGAGGAGGUUGCUGCCGCUGCUCGUCGAGCUCAGUUCCUCGCCGAACAAGAGCGUCUGAGCCAACAGCAGGCGCAGACCGCUCCUGGUCUUCCUUCUUCCGCUAACUGGGCCAGCGCUGGAUCCCCAGCUACUCCCGCCUCGACCGGCUCCCCAUGGGCCAGCAAGACCCAGCCCGCACCCACCGGAAACACUGCCAAGAAGACUCUCGCUCAGAUCCAGAAGGAGGAAGAGGCCCGCAAGAACCGCGCGGCUGCGGCUGCCGCCGCCGCCAUGGCCGCUACCCCUAGCCCUCCCGCUCCCCCCUCUGCCGGCAAGCGUUACGCCGAUCUUGCUAGUAAGGGCCCUGCUUCUGCCGCCCCGGCCGCUCCAGCUCCUUCUGGUGCCUGGACCACUGUCGGUGCCAGUGGCAAGGUUAAGGGUGCGCCCGCCACGCCUCUGGGACCUCGCUCCGUCAGCGGAACCGUUCCAAUCUCGCCUGUCAUUGCCAAGCCCCGACCUGCUACCGCUGCCCGCACUGUCACCGUUGGCAGCGUCCCUCAGUCCAACCCCAACCAGGCCGUUGAGGAGUUCACCAAGUGGGCCACUCUCGCUCUGGGCAAGGGACUGAACAGUAACAUCAAUGUCGACGAUUUCGUCCAGCAACUCCUGUUCCUCCCCGCCGAGGCUGAGAUCAUCUCCGACUCCGUCUACGCCAAUUCGCAGACUCUUGACGGCCGUCGCUUCGCUGAGGAGUUUAUCCGCCGCCGCAAGCUUGCCGACAAGGGCAUUGUCGAAUCCGUCUCUCCCGGUGCUUUCGGUGAACAGAAGGGCAGUGGUGGCUGGAGCGAAGUUGCCAAGAAGGGCUCCGCUGCGACAGUUGCUGCUGCUGCUCAGCGUGAGGAAGAGAGCGCUAGCGCUGCUUUCAAGGUUGUCGCUCCCCGCAAGAAGGGUAAGCGGUAA